AGGAGAUGGGCUGAGACACGGAUCACUGGACCUGGGUGGAUUGCUCUCGCUGCUAUCAAGCUUUUCCGAAGAACUUAACUGACAGUGGAAUGUGCAGGCUCGGAGAUGCCUUACGUGGAUCGGCAGAACCGGAUCUGUGGCUUCCUGGACAUUGAGGAGAAUGAGAACAGCGGCAAGUUCCUGCGCCGCUACUUCAUCCUGGACACGGUGGAGGGCAGCCUGGUGUGGUACAUGGACAACCCACAGAACCUUCCCACAGGGGCAGAGAAUGUGGGCUCCCUCAAGCUCACCUACAUUUCCAAGGUCAGCGACGCCACCAAGCUGAGACCAAAGGCUGAAUUCUGCUUCGUCAUCAACGCUGGAAUGAGGAAGUUCUUCCUGCAGGCCAACGAUCAGCAGGACCUGGUGGAGUGGGUGCAUGUGCUCAACAACGCCACUAAAAUUACAGUGCCAAAAUCAUGCGAUGUCCAUCACAAUGCUGACGCUCCACACGACGCGCAUGGCGCCAAAAAGCAGGUCCCGUACAAGACCGAGAUCAUCGGGGGAGUGCCCAUCAUUACCCCCACACAGCAGGAAGGGGGCGAGGGCCAGAACGGGGCGGGCCUGAAGAGGUCCCACAGCCAGCUGCCCUACUUCGUGGGGAGGCCGACGCAGGACCAGGCGGUGAUCAAGGCCGGGUACUGCGUCAAGCAGGGGGCAGUGAUGAAGAAUUGGAAACGAAGAUACUUCAUGCUAGACGAAAAUGCCAUGAGUUACUUCAAAUCGGACCUGGAGAAGGACCCGCUCCGAAUGAUCCCCCUGAAGGAGGUUCACAAGGUUCAGGAGUGCAAGCAGAGUGACAUAAUGAUGAGGGACAAUCUUUUUGAAGUCGUCACCAGUUCUAGGACCUUUUAUAUUCAGUCGGACAGCCCCGAGGACAUGCACAGCUGGAUCAAGGCCAUCUCCGGGGCCAUCGUGGCCCAGCGUGGACCCGGUCGAUCUGCAGCCUCUAUGCGGCAGGCCAGACGGCUGUCGAACCCUUGUAUACAGAGGUAUACAUCCCGAAACGGUGAAUGCAGCACGAGCACGGCGAGCGUCCCGCACCCUCCAGCUUCUACUGCAGCGACCAGGGCCCCCCCGUCCCUCGCUCGCCCCUCUCUGCAGUGUCCCCCUCCCCUCAGUGCGGUCUCCAGCCCGCCGGGGGCCCGGGCGCGCUCGCUGGCCGGCCGCAGCCUGGCGUGGGACAGCGAGGACUUCACGAGCCUCCUGCCCCGGCCCAGCCAGCGAGGCGGGGUGCAGGCCCAGGCCCAGGCGCGGGCGCGGCUGUCGCUCCAGGAGGGGCGUCUCUCCAAGUGAGCGACCCUUCGCCCUGGAGGCGGCGCAGCAGCUUCGGGGCCCGCCCCCCGACGCCCCCGCUGGACCUGGAGGACGUGGAC